AUGAAGAUUCUAACAGCCGAACAAGAGGCGGCUCACUACAAUGCCACAUUGAAAGGCGGUGCCAUUGGCGGUGUCGCCGGAACCAUAUUGGGAACAGCAGGCGUGUAUGCUGCCUCCGUUCGAUAUCCAGCCUUCAAAAGCCUUACACUGCCGUUUCGAGUCUUCCUUAUCGCCUCCUCUGGAACCUUUGCAUCUAUUGUCUAUGCCGAUCGAUACUCCCGGCAAUUUGAAACCGACAAUUGGGCAGGCAAGGAGUACAGAGAUGAGCAAAAAUCAAUGCAGGAACAAAUCGAUUCGCAGAAAAGUAGCAAGCAGAAGUCCAUGGAGUGGCUGCAGGACAAUCGAUACAGCCUCGUCUUCGGCUCUUGGGUGGUGUCUAUGGGCGCGGCGCUAGGCAUUGUUGGUCGGAGUCGGUGGCUUACUACACAGCAAAAGCUAGUCCAGGCUCGUGUCUACGCACAAGGGUUCACCAUUGCGGCUGUUAUCAUCAGUUUGGCAUUCGAGGGUAACGACCGCAUGGCUGGUUCCGGCCGCUGGGAGACCAUCAAGAUCGUAGAUCCGAAUGAUCCCGAGCACAAGAAUCUCAUCGAAAAGCGGAUUCACCACGAGAAAUACAAAGGAGAGGAUCAAUGGAUGGACAUGGUGGAGGCAGAGGAGCGACGCAUCAAAGAGCGCGAGCAGGCCGUAAAGGAGCGGGAAAACGCCGUCAGCAAGAAGGAUGGUCACAAGAAUGGCAAGAAACACGCCACUGAGGACUUGACCAAGGGUAAUCCGGAGGAAGCCAAAGACAAGAAGCUCCGGGCUCCAUGAGCGAAAGCACGUCUAGACGAGGGGCAGGGUUGAGGCUCCAUGUAGAAUCCAAUGUCCGAACCGACGGGUUCGGCGACUGAGAGGCAGUCGCUACUACCAGCAAGACAACGACCUGCUGCGAAGAGUUCAGCUACGCAGGGAUGUGAUCGUCGAGGGAGCAUAUUCCUCGGCCAGUCCAUCAGUACGAUGUAUACACGGC